AUGGUUUAUUGUUCAACUGAUUUAUUAGAUUUAAAUCAAACGGCAACAAAAAAAGUGAUUCCAGAAGAUGUAAUUCCUACAUUGCCCAUCAGCUUACGUCAGGCUGCAAAUCAGUUAGCUUCACAGCAGCUAAACUGUUUUGGUUUAUUAGAAGCAAUUAUGGAUUUAGCUGGUACAGCCGCUUCUGAGGAUGUAAAGGUUUUAAUGGAUAGGUUAGCUAUUCAAGCUCCUGAGUUGCUUAUGAUUGGUUUGGCUCAAAUUCAGCCUACCAAAAAUGAAUUACAUCGCUUACUCUUACCUAAAUUAUUAAAUAUCUUUCUUAUCGGUCAUGUAAAUUCUCCUCUUGUUAUUAGAUUACUUUGGCAUGUACAGCUUAACUUUUUAUUGGAAGGCUUCUUUGAAAUGUAUAAGAAGGACCCUACAUCUAUUUCUCGCAUUUUAGAUAUUUGUCAAGAAGCAAAGAUUGUGGUUCAUAUAUUGAAAACAAAUAUACCUUUCUUUACACUUGAUCUAGCUUCACUCGCUGCUCGUAGACAAAAUUUGAAUUUGGAAAAAUGGUUAUUGGAAAGAUUAGCAAAAGAUGGCUUUACCUUUUUUGGUGCAUGCAUAGAUUUUCUGGAAAAGAAAUGUGCAAUUGAAAUGGCUCGUCAAUCAGGCGCUAAUGUCAUUCCUACUUUGCAAUUAUCCAUGGAUGUCAUUCGUAUUUUUUUCAGAAUUUUAUCUGAAAGAUCUUUGCCUACAAUUGAAACAGCAAAAUUAACCAAGUUAAGUCAAUUGUACACCCAAUUGUACCCUCAGUUAAAUGAAAAUCGAUUUCAAGCAGAUAAGAAAAUAACAGGAAUGACGGAGACUGCUACUAGCAAUAAUACUAUAAACACUACUACUAAUCCUAUUAACGAGAAUGAACGAAAUUAUUCUGAAGAAGUAGAAGAAAUGGUUCGUUUAUAUUUUGAGAGAUUAUAUACAAAGGAUAUUAGUCCUAGUAGAUUUGCUUCUGUUUUGAAAGCUUGCCGCACAUCUAAUGAUCAAAGACAAGUGAAUUUCUUUUCUUGUACAACUCAUACUUUGUUGGAUGAAGCUCGUUUUUUUAACCAAUAUCCUGAAAAUGAAUUAAUGGCUACUGGCGAACUUCUUGGUCUCUUAAUUGAUCAGCAUCUUAUUUCAUUUUCUCAAUUGCGUAUUACACUCAAACUUAUUUUAGACGCUCUGAAGCAUCCUGUAGGAUCAAAAAUGUUUAACUUUGGUAUUCAAGCUUUGAUUCAAUUCCGUGGUCGUUUGUUUGAAUGGCCUCAGUAUACACUUCUUUUAUCGAAAAUUGAAGGAUUGCGUGGAUAUCCUACUAUUGUAGAAAGUAUUGCUAUCACUUUGAAGCAAUUGGCGCAAAAGGAUCCUGAAGGAAAAAUGAUGGUUUUAACGUCAUCUUCUUCUUCCUCAGCAUCUUCACCAAAAACAUCUUCAUCUACACUUUCGUCCGUUACUCCUUCUGGAGAUUCUGGAAACACUGCUGAACGAUCUGCUGAUACUGCACCCAACGUAACUACUUUAUUACAGAGCUCAUCAAAGCAAACAUAUGAUAAUCCACCUGAUAAAAUACAGGAACGUGUUUCAUUUUUGAUAAACAAUUUAUCUGCAACUAAUAUGAAAAGUAAAGCGACCGAAUUGAGAGAACUGUUACAAAAGUCAACUUGGGGAUGGUUCAGUCAUUAUCUUGUUGUUAGACGUGUUAGUAUUGAGCCUAACAAUCAUGAGUUAUACUCUGCCCUUCUCGACGAACUUGAUAUACAACCCUUAGUAGAUACUGUGAUUGAAGAAACCUAUGCUAAUAUUCAUUUAUUAUUACAGUCAGAUAGUAUUGUUAAAUCUUCAGCUGAUAGAAAUCUUUUGAAGAAUAUGGGUACCUGGCUUGGUCGAUUAACAAUUGCUAAAAAUAAGCCUAUUCGACAUAAAGAUUUGUCUUUUAAGGAUCUUCUUGUUAGCGCUUAUGGGAAAAAUCAACUUGUAGUUGCAAUUCCUCUUGUUUGUAAAGUUUUACAACAUGCUAGUAACAGUAAAAUCUUUAAGCCCCCAAAUCCUUGGCUUAUGGGCUGUUUGAAACUUCUAGCAGAAUUGUAUUGGACAGAAGGACUUAAAUUAAAUUUGAAAUUUGAAAUCGAACUUUUGUAUAAAGCAUUGAAUCUUGAUUUGAACGAGAUUGAACCUACAUCCUUAUUGAACAAAGGUGGUCCUCCUGGUAUUGCUAAUGUCUCAAAUAAACCAUCGUCAAUUGUUGAUAAUUCUCCCACUGCCUCUCAAAAGUCUGUCCCUGUUUCUAAUAAGGCUAUUCUUGAUGGACAAAUUCAUCCCCCUCCAAUGAAUAAUACUCCUAAUCUUCCUUCCGCUCAAAAUGCUCGUCAAGAAAUCGAUAUUAUUCCUAUAUUAGCUAAGCUUCAGAUCAAUCCAGCUAUUGCCCAAUUAAUGAUACAACAGCCUAUCAUUAAAUCUACUGUUUAUGCAGGCAUUUCUGAGGCAUUUUAUGAAGUGGUACCUCCUAUUAUAGCUACUUCUGCCAAUAUUGCCUCUAUAUCCACUAAAGAAAUGGUUCUAAAAGACUUUGCUACGGAACCUGAUGAAACACGUUUGCAACGCGCAGCACAUGCUAUGGUUCAACCUUUAGCUUGUAGUUUAUCAGUUGUAACUUGUAAGGAACCCCUCUACAAUGGUAUAGUCACAGUCAUUUCUAAUAAUCUAACUCAAAAUGGCCUCCCAAAACAACUUUCAGAGGAAAUUGCUUCAACUAUUGCCAAUGAAAAUAUAGAAUUACUUUGUGUUUAUGUUGACCAAUUGACAAAAAUAAAAGCCCUAGAAGAUAUUGAUCGUGGUUUGGCGCCUGCUUACGCUAGUCGUAUCACAUUCCGUAAACAACAUCAAUACCAGAACACGGGCGAACGCUUUUUUGAUGUUUUAAGCUUGAAUGGUGCGCCUCAUUCUGUUCAUUUACCCAAUAUUCUACGACCUGCAAAUGGUGUUAGUCCUGAGCAAGUUCGUCUUUAUGAAAGCCUUGAUCAAAGGUCUUAUCUUGCAAUGCAACAACAACAACAACAACAACAGUUAUCACCUGCCGUUUUUCAUCCUGAGGUUAUGAGUCACCCUAUAGUGCCACCUCAACCCUUUGUAGGAGGUGAAUCACCUAAUCCUCUUCUUGCAAACAGUGCUCCAAUGUUGAAUGCCAAGUUAGAACAAAUGCUAUUGGAGUUAGAUCGGCUCAUUCGCCAUUCUGGAAUUACAGCAAUUUCUCAGUUACCGCCUAAUCAUGAUAUUUGUUUAUUAAUUCGUCAGACACCUUUGCUCAUUUCACAAAGCCCCUCACCAUUGCAAACUAUGAUUACAUUUGUAGAAAAGGUUGUACUUAUGUUGUAUCAAAGUAAUACAGCAUUUGCUUUAGAAGUAUACACAAUGUUCCUUCAGUCCUUGUUUGAAAUUUCAAGCGAAGUAACGAAAGAGACAUUAUCUUGGUUAAUAUAUGCUGAUGAUGAACGUAAAUACAAUGUGUCAGCGGUAGCUAUGCUUAUUCGAUAUGAACUACUACCUUUAGAGGAAUACGAUGUUCAGCUAGCUAAACUGAUUAAUGCUAAGGCUGAUAGUGUUAUAGAAUAUGCUACUAGUUUAAUAUCUACUUGUUUGCUAUCUCAAACACCUAUCACAUUCCUUGAGGAUCAUAUUCUAACAGUUUCCUCUUUGUAUAAACUGGUUAAGAAUGAUGAAGCACCUGCAAAUGUUGUGGCAUUGAUGAAUGAUCUUAGAAAGUUAGUCGAAGAGCCUUAUAAAGAUGUUAUUAAACAAAAUAUAGAUUGUCUUGAGCUUCGUAUGCUUUUAGCAGAAUGGAUUCGUUUGUUUCAACAUCCUAUGGCUACUGAUACCAUUUUCACAACUUUGGUGGAGCGUGUGUUGGAAAUUAACAAGACUGAAGAGCAACGUUGUUUCUUCUUUAGAAUUUGUACUGAGACUUGUGUUAAUCAUUAUCUUGCCUACCGUUCAGUUAGCACAAUUCAUCAUCGUCGUAUGAUUCAUUUGAUUGAUUCAUUUACAAAAUUGAUAAUAGCUAUGGUCACUACUGAAGAAGAGAAUUCAGAUAUCAAGAGCAAGGUGAAACUUUUGAAUAAUGCUUUAUCUGUUAUCAUUUUGGUAUUAUCUCAUCAUCAUGAGAGCAAAGGUGUAGAUUUUAACCAAAAGCCGUUUUUAAGAUUAUUCGCUUCGAUAUUCAAUGAAAUUAGCAAAAUUCAUACAAAGCCGCUUGACACCAGUACGCUAAUUACUUUCAGUGAUACUUUAUACACUUUACAGCCUAGUAAUUUCCCAGGUUUUGCCUUUUCAUGGCUUCAGUUAAUUUCAAGUCGAUCUUUUCUACCUCAGUUACUUGUUGCUAAUGAUAAUAAUGGAGCAUUGUUAUGUCAAAAAUUGAUUCACGCUUUACUUAGAUUUUUAGGCCCUCUUUUGGAAGAACCAAAGCUUUCUCAUGCAACAAAAAUGUUUUAUCGUGGCACACUGCGUGUUUUAGUUGUCCUCUUACACGACUUUCCCGAGUUUUUGUGUCGCAAUUAUAUUCUUUUUGCACAAGCUAUUCCUCAUUCCUGUGUUCAAAUCCGUAAUUUGAUUUUGAGUGCUUUCCCUCGGGUCAUGCACUUGCCGGACCCCUUUACACUUGAUCUCAAGUUAUCUGUCCUACCUGAAUCUUCUGAAGAUCCUGUUUAUGAUGAAAGUUAUGUAUCCAUUUUAAAUGAAAACGACUUUAAAUCAAAAAUCGACGAUUUUGUUAAGAAUAAAAACUCCACAACGUUCUUUUCAGUAUUAGAAAAACAAAUUGGAUUCAAUACUGAUCAUCAACAACAACAAGAGACUACAGUUGAAGAUAUUGAACGACAUAAUAUCAAUCUUCUUUGUGCUUUUGUUUUGUAUAUUGGUGUCAAAUCAUUGAAAUUAAAAGAGGUUGAACUUGAAGAAAGCCCUGCAAUCAUAGCUUACAAUUAUCUAUUGUCUAAAUUGGAACCAAAAGGCCGAUAUACACUUUUAAGUGCAAUAGCUGAUCAUUUACGAUACCCCAACAGUCAUACUUGCUUCUUCAGUUCUACCCUUUUAUUAUUAUUUUCUAAACAUUCUGAAGAUAUUAAGGAACAAAUCACUCGAGUUUUACUAGAAAGGCUUAUCGUUAAUCGUCCUCAUCCUUGGGGUUUAUUAGCCUCCUUUAUUGAACUUAUCAAAGUGCCAAAGUUUUGGGAUCAUGAGUUCAUUCGUUGUUCUCCUGAUAUUGAAAGGUUAUUUGACAAUGUUUCAAGGUAA